CUUGAAAGAAAAAGAAGCUUUUGUGUAUUAUUAUUACUAGUUUCCUCGAUCAAAGUCAUCAUUUUCGCAGUCCUUGUCUCUUCGGAAUCCUCCGACUCUCACGUUCAAAGGUUAAGAUUAAAAAAACAAAAAAAAAAAAGAUGAUGAAGUCGAUCGUGACCUUGAAUUUGAGAUAACUGCAGGUUGGUGUGUGAGAAAUGUGGGUGCCUACUUUGAGCUCAAGCUCAUGCUCAAGUGAUGAGAGGGAAGAUAACACUGGAGAGGAAGAGGCCAGGCUCACGCCGGUUUAUCUCAAUGUCUAUGAUCUAACGCCUGUCAAUAAUUAUCUCUAUUGGUUUGGUAUCGGCAUUUUCCAUUCCGGAAUUGAGUCUCAUGGUUUGGAGUAUUGCUAUGGAGCUCACGAGUACCCAACGAGUGGGGUAUACGAGGUUGAACCUAAGAACUGCCCAGGUUUCAUCUUUAGACGCUCCCUUUUGCUCGGAACUACAACCAUGUCCCCUUCUGAUUUCCGCUCUUACAUGGAGAAGCUUUCCAGAAAAUACCAUGGUGACACUUACCACUUGAUUGCCAAGAACUGUAACCAUUUCACCGAGGAAGUUUGCUUCCAGCUCACUGGAAAGCCUGUUCCAGGUUGGAUCAAUCGCCUCGCCCGAGUCGGUUCGUUCUGUAAUUGUCUUCUACCAGAAAGCAUUCAGCUUACAGCUGUUAGUGCUCCUUCCGAACGCCUUGAAUUCUCUGAUGAGGAUGAAUCAAACUCGGAGGCGUCUUCUGUGUCAGAUGAAGAAGGACCGGAGCAUCGUCUUAUAAAUGUAGCGGACAGAGAGGUUGUGUAUCUACAAAACAAACCAGUGCGACUUACCAGAGAGGAGAUCCAUUGAGAAAACUUCCUUCCUGAACCCAAGCCAACCAAUCAUUGCAGAGCAGCGUUACACAACCAUGGAAAACCAAAAGGAGUCAAGUGAUAUUUGGUCUUUUUGGCUCAUUUAAUAUUCUUCUCAAUCUCAGGAAUGUGAAAAGAAAAACUUAAUUCAAGAUUUUGUUAAAAUUGGAACACCCUUUUGCAUUAGAUUUCACCGCAUCUUUCAUAUA